GAGAAUCGAGCGAGUAGCUCCGUUGUCUCUGGCAUUCCCCUCGUCACUCGUCGCUCGCUCGGUCCGGACGAUGCAAGCCCCCACGCCGCCCGGCUCGGCGGAUGCCUCGCCCGUCCGCUCGAAUAGCAAGAAGCCGUCGCCGGCGGACUUCAUGUUCGGCGCUACACUAGGCGAAGGUGCCUACGCUCGAGUGGUGCACGCGCGCAUGAAGGACACAGGCGUCGAGUACGCGGUGAAGAUCAUGGAGAAGCGCUUCAUCCGCAAGGAGAAGAAGGUCAAGUUCGUCAUGAUGGAGCGCAAAGUUUUCUCCAAGAUCUCGCACGACCGUGUGGUCAAGCUCUUCUUCACGUUCCAGGAUAACAGCUAUCUGUACAUGGUGAUGGAGCUCUGUCGUGGUGGCGAGCUGCUUGACGUGAUCACUAAGCACCACAAGGAACAGGCUGCUGCAGGCUACACGGACCGCGCAUGCUCGCUGGAGCUGACUCGCUUCUAUAUCGCGGAGGUGGUGUUAGCGUUGGAAUAUCUGCACAAGAAUGGUGUAAUCCACCGCGAUCUCAAGCCAGAGAAUAUCCUUCUUAGCGAUGACGGCCAUAUCAAGGUGACCGACUUUGGUACAGCCAAGGACGAGACGGAGGAGAGUCGUCACAACACGUUUUGCGGUACAGCAGAGUACGUGUCGCCCGAAGUGUUGCGCGACCAGGAGGCGUCUCGGGGCUGUGAUCUGUGGGCAGUGGCCUGUAUGAUCUUCCAGAUGCUCGUGGGUCGACCCAUGUUCCGCGCAGAGAACGAGUAUCUCACGUUCCAGCAGAUUUUGAACCAUCCUGCCGAGGAUUUUGCCUACCCGCCAGGAUUCCCGUCGGUGGCGAAGGAUUUGAUUGAUCGAAUUCUUCUGCAGGAGCCGAGCGAGCGUCUUGGCGCUGGCUCCGACGACGACGGCAAUGGAUACGCAGCGUUGAAGGCUCAUCCGUUCUUUGAGGGUGUUGAAUGGGACUCGGUCGGAUAUGCGCAACCGUCCUACAUGCCUGAAAUCGGCCGACUGCCGCCCACCGAAUAUGAUGGCGCGACCGAGGACUGGCUGUUUGCUGGUGUAGCUACCGAGCUGCAGGUCUCAUCGGGUCUCGCGCUGGAUCCUCCGCCGUCUCCGGCUGAACAUGUUAACGUAGUGGAAGUGGCUCGCCAGAAGGCAGCAAUACCGUCUGCAAUGCGACGUACGAGCUCGCUCUGGAACCGAUUCCUGCUGGAUGACGAGCUGAUUAAGAUGGGCGGACUCAUUAGCAAGCGCAAGGGGCUCUUCUCCAAGAAGCGACAGCUGAUCUUGACUUCGAAGCCUCGUUUGAUCUACAUUGACCCCAUUAGAAUGAAGCAAAAGGGAGAGAUCCCGUGGUCGGACAACCUCUACGUCAAUUCCAAGAGCGCGACUGCUUUCGACGUCGUGACGCCGAACCGGGUGUACCAUCUGAAUGACCUCGUCAACGGGUCGAAGAAGUGGAUCGAGGCCAUCAACGCGGCGCUUGUGCGUGGAAUGUAACGAAGCGACCGGCCGACUGAUCGAUCCUGCUCGAACCCGUUAAUGCUUUGCGAAAAUGGAUUGCGUGUUGAGUAGUAGACACUGUUUGUGCAGUUAGUGGGGAGUGUCCAUCAGCAACAAGAGUCUGCCUCAAAAGACCUUCAAAUGCAAACCUUUCCUCGGGUCC